AUGGAUCGGAUUCGGAAUCAGCAUCAAAUUACACAUAACCAAGCGGGUUUGAAAAAGAACAGUUUUUCUUUUUGUAAGAGUUAUGAUACCAAUGUUGGUACCAAAGGUAUUCAAUUAUCUGGUGGACAACGACAAUGUAUUAUUUUAGCUAGAAUAUUUAUUCGUAAACCAAAAAUUCUAUUGCUUGAUGAAUGCACAAGUGCUUUAGAUGUUGAAAACGAAAAAAGUGUUGAACAAGCACUUAUGCGUGCACAAGAGAAUCGUACAACAAUCAUAAUCGCCCAUCAUCAAUCCGAAAUAAUAAAACAAGUUGAUGAAAUAUGCUUAUUGCACCAUCAUGGUUAUCUAUUCAAAAUUGCAAAAUAUGAACAAUUAAUGGCUAAACAUGGUCAGUAUUUAGAUCGAUGA